GAUUUCAUGGAGGUGGUUGCAAGCUACUUGUUAACAUUUCGUAGAAAUAACGACGUAGCGGAGAGAGGGACCCAGGAGUAUAUUUUGCUUUGAAUAUCGGCUUGGAGCUCGAUCCGAGGCUGAGAAGAUCAAGGUCUGUAAUUUAAGAUUGUUGCUCUGAAAAACACCGCCGGAAAAUAUGGAGGGCCGGUACCUGACCUCUGUUGCCGAGCCUGCUCCUCUUCUUCACACGCUUAGACAUGCACGUCGCACUGCCUUCAACCGUGUGUUUGCUGCUAUUUACUUGUGUGCCAUCUUAGCACUAUUCUAUCGACAUGGGCUCGAACUGAUCAUCCAUUCCACCACCUUGGCCUCCUUCCUCAUCUCCCUCGCCUUGUUCCUAUCUGAUGCCGUCCUUGCUUUUGUCUGGGUGACUCGACAAGGUUUCCUCAUGACUAUCGUUUAUCGAAAUGAAUAUCCUGAAAAUCUCGAAAAGGUUCUGAAGAAAAUGGAUUCUUUUCCGGCAUUAGAUGUUUUUAUAUGCACUGCUGAUCCGUACAAGGAGCCACCCAUGAGACUGGUGAGCACAACAUUAUCAGUCAUGGCUUAUGGAUAUCCGACGGAGAAGAUUUCAAUCUAUGUAUCGGAUGAUGGGGGCUCAGAGUUGACAUUGUUUGCUUGCAUGGAAGCUGCAAAAUUUGCUGGUCACUGGUUACCGUUCUGUAGGAAAAAUAAUAUAAUGGAGAGGAGCCCAGAAGCUUAUUUUGAAUCAAAUCACUCCUGGUCAUCAGAUAGUAAGCAGAUUAAGGAAAUGUAUGAAAGCAUGAAAGCAAGGGUAGAGGAAGUUGUUGAGAGAGGAAAAGUUGGCAAAGAGUAUAUCACUGAGGAGAUAGAGGGAAAAGCUUUCAGCAAAUGGACAGAUGGGUUUACUCGCCAAGAUCAUCCCACUGUCAUUCAGGUCUUAUUAGAGAGCAGCAAAAACAGAGACAUCACUGACUAUUUCAUGCCAAACCUCAUCUAUGUCUCCAGGGAAAAGAACAGCACUUCACCCCACAAUUUCAAGGCAGGUGCCCUAAAUGUCCUGCUUCGAGUGUCGGCCACCAUGACCAACGCACCCAUAAUCCUAACCUUGGACUGCGACAUGUAUUCUAAUGACCCACAAACACCUCUUCGUGCAUUGUGUUACCUAUUAGAUUCAGAACUUAGGUCCCAAUUAUCAUAUGUUCAGUUCCCUCAAAUUUUUUCUGGGAUCAACAAAGACGAUACUUACGGUUGUGAAUAUAAACGACCAUUUCAAACUAAUCCGUUGGGUUUGGACGGACUAUUGGGCCCUAAUUAUAUUGGAACCGGAUGUUUCUUCAAUCGACAAGUUUUCUUUGGAAGCCCAUCAUAUAUUGUGCCACCAGAAAUCUCCCAACUUGGGCCGAACCAUGUUGUGAACAAGCCUAUCCAGUCUCGAUCUAUUUUGGAAAUGGCACACAUGGUUGCUGGGUGCAAUUACGAGAACAACACCAAAUGGGGUUAUGAGGUGGGCUUCAGAUAUGGAUCACUGGUAGAGGACUUCUACACGGGAUUUCUGUUGCAUUGCGAAGGAUGGAGGUCCAUAUUUUGCAACCCAAAGAGGCCAGCCUUUCUGGGUGAUGCACCAAUCAGCCUCAUCAAUGCGCUAAACCAAUUGCAGAGAUGGAUCAUUGGUGCUUUUCAGGUUGGCUUCUCCAGUUUCAGUCCCAUAACUUAUGGCAUCAGUUCUGUGGGCCCUCUCAUGGGCCUUGCCUACAUGUAUUACUCCUUCUGGCCUCUUUCGUUUAUUCCCAUCACCAUAUAUGCCUUUCUCCCCCAACUAGCUCUUGUCCAUGGACUCGGUAUAUUUCCAAAGAUAUCAGACCCCUGGUUUCUCUUAUAUGUGUUUCUUUUCCUUGGAGCCUAUGGACAAGAUCUCCUUGAAUUUAUAGUUGAGGGAGGAACAGUUCAAAGGUGGUGGAACGAUCAAAGAAUGUGGAUGAAAAGAGGACUUUCAUGCUGCGUGUUCGGGUUUCUCGAGUACUUUCUCAAGUGUUUAGGCAUUUCCACAUAUGGUUUCGGUUUGACAAGCAAAGUGGUCAAUGAUGAACAAAGCAAAAGAUAUGCCCAAGGUAUCUUUGAAUUUGGAGUCUCUUCACCCAUGUUGGUGCCAUUCACAACCGGAGCCAUAAUUAACUUAGCCUCUUUUUUAACGGGGCUCAUGCGAGUUUUAAGAGGGAUCAGCAACGUGGAGGGACUGUUUCUGCAGAUGUUCAUAGCAGGUUUUGUGGUGGUGAAUUCCUUCCCAAUUUAUGAAGCCAUGGCCUUAAGGAGUGAUAGAGGAAGAAUGCCCCUCAAAACUACUAUGAUCUCGACAGGUCUUGCAUUGGCCCUUUAUAUGCUAGUUUCCCUAAUUCCUCUGAGGAAUUGAAAUUGGGAGCUAACAUUAGAAGCUUAUGUCAUCCUAGAAUUCAUUGUACGAGUCUGGGUUGAACACAACAUUAGUGGACUGCUGGCAGCUUAGACACACAGAUUAGGUACUUCUUGAAUCUACUUAAUUCUAAGACCCCAUUUGUGUCAAGUUACAAUGAGAAUGCAUGAGUGUCAAGUUUCACGUCGGUGUUUAAUUUAUUAGGUGUCUGAAA